CAAAAUGUUCAGUGGUACUACUUUGUACUAUAAAACUCCCCCCAUUAAAGCUCUUUCUCUAGUAGAGAGAGACAGAGCACUGGUUUUGUCCUCCCAACGACAGUCCGACACACCGGAAUUUCGACAGGAACAAAUGGAGGGAGUCAGUUCCCGACUCGGCCGAGCGUCGGCCAGGUACGGUUCGACCACCGUUUUCAGCGGCCCGGUCAGAAAAUGGAAGAAGCAGUGGGUCCAAGUGUCAUCAUCGUCCACUCUCUCCUACCAGAACAGCUCUCAGUCCAACGGCACCGGUAACGCCUCUGCCCUCCUCCUCUGUCGGUGGACCCCAAUCUCUCCGCCCCACACUGCCGACUCCGGCGAGCACGAGGAGCCACCGAGACGGAAGUUCCGAUACACUCCGAUUGUUGUGCUAGAAGAACAGAAAAAGGAGGCUGCUAAAAAGGUUGAUGAUGAAGCUAAAACAAGCAAGACUGACCAACCUACAAUGAGGCCAGUUUCAAAGGUUGAUGAUAGCUAUGAAAGUCCUAACAUCGAUAAUCCUAUUCUGGAAGAGAAUCGGGCACCAAAUGGGAAUGGCUUGGCCUUGCAACACCCAGACAAAAGCCAUCUGGACUUGAGUUUGUGCUUGAAAAACCCCGAGAAGAAUAAGGAGGAUUCAGAUAGCGAAAACAAUGAGGCUCAGCUUGGGAGAGUGGGCUCGGGUGGGUUUAAGGCACUGCACUGAUGCAGAGCUUCUUCUGGAGACUGCUGAUAACCAUUUGGCGAUCCAUUGCGGUGCCUAAUGUAAAUGAUAUACUAGCUUCUAGCAUAGAAGAUGCAUAUAAAUUAAACUUUAGUAAGCUUUUGUAUAAAGUAACUUAGGUUUAGACAAGUAGUACAUGAUGAAAAGACCAGUUGAGUCGUUAAUGUAGUGGUGGUGAAUGAUAAUGCCGUUGAGAAGCUUGCAUUUCUUAGUGCUCGCACCUCUUCGGCUGGUGCAAUCUAAGUCCUUUUGUAUAAAACACCUGACUUCAGCAAGUCUUCUUGGUUCUAACUUCCAAUAUUUCACCAGGCUA